CCCCCCCCCCCCCCCCAAGCUGAGCAGGCAUGACCGAGUACAAGCUGGUGGUGGUGGGGGCUGGAGGUGUGGGGAAGAGUGCUCUCACCAUCCAGCUCAUCCAGAACCACUUCGUAGACGAGUAUGAUCCAACCAUCGAGGACUCGUACAGAAAGCAGGUGGUGAUUGACGGAGAGACGUGUCUGCUGGACAUCCUGGACACGGCAGGUCAGGAGGAGUACAGCGCCAUGAGGGAUCAGUACAUGAGGACAGGAGAGGGCUUCCUCUGCGUGUUCGCCAUCAACAACAUCAAGUCCUUCGAGGACGUUCACCUCUACAGAGAGCAGAUCAACCGGGUGAAGGACAGUGACAGCGUUCCCAUGGUGCUGGUGGGGAAUAAGAGCGACCUGGGAACCCGCAAUGUGGAAUCACGCCAGGCGCAGGAGCUGGCACGCAGCUACGGCGUGCCGUUUGUGGAGACCUCUGCCAAAACCAGACAGGGUGUGGAGGAAGCGUUCUAUUCACUGGUACGGGAGAUUAGAAAAUAUAAGGAGACCAACCGCAGCAACAAGAAGAGCAAGAAGAACACUCAGAAGAGACGCUGUUUGAUACUAUAGCAAACCACACACACACGUACAGCAUUCUCUAUGGCACUUGUUUUCCUCCUCCCUCACACACUGCACCUCCUCUGUCACUUUGGAGGCUUCCAUCUCAGCUCCAGUCCAGACAGGGUAGCAGGCAAAAUCCAUCUUUACAGCCAUCACAGUUUCUACUAACAGCAAGCUGCCACGAGUUUUCAUCCAAUGUGCAGUUUGUUUUGAUGACCAAACUACUAGACGCGCUAGUUUUUAGUUGAAUGGUUUUUUUUGGUUACAUUUGUGAAAACUAAAUUUGAGUCUGUGGUAGAAGGAUUUAUUUUCCAAGAACCUGUGAGAAGUUGUUUGUAUAGAAAAUUCGCAUUUUCUAAUUACGUAUAAUCCGGCCAGUGUUUUCUGCUCCUGUUGACUCUAGGUGGUCACGGGUUCACGGAAGUGCGUCACUGCACUUUGCACAGUAACAGGUGAUGUUUCUAAUGCAUCACACGGAACUCAACACAAUCUGCAGGUGAUCUGUUGCAUGUUCGUCAUGGAUCCUGAUGACCUGGAUGCUUUUUGUUCUUGUGAAAAUGCUUUGCUUCCAAGAAAAUGUUUGUCUCCUCUCUCCCUUGUGUUUUUUGAUAGUUUUGUCAUCUGGGUCUUGAAACACAAAAGAAAUCUAUAUACAGUUGGGUUCUUUUUUUGUCCCACAAAGUCCAUAAGUUAAAGAAAGAACUGUAGCAGGAUAGCAUGAGUGACAAAAGCUUCAAAGCUGUGUUCCAGUCUCCAAGGCGCACUUUAUCCAUUCCACGUUUUGUUUAUUAAGUUAGACUUUAGGAUCAGUGGUAGUGCCAGUUCAACUGAAUGAGCGCUGUGUCAAGUCCGACCCCUGCUUCCAUAACUCCUAGUCAUUAUUCAUUUAUCAUCUGAAGUGCUGGCAUAGUCCAAAGUCGCACUGCAUUCCAAAGUCCACUUUGGAAUGCAGGCCCAGUGUGGUUGGUGGUUGUAAGUCACUGUCUCCCACUUCAGCCUCUGCUUCACCACACUCCACCAGAGCAUGUAGUGUGUGUGCAACUGUCCACGUGGGGACAUGAAACCACUCAAACCAGUGGUGUAAUGCAGCAGCCUCACAGUUACUGUCAUGUAUCCGAUCCCUCUCAAUGCUGGAUCAACACAUUCAGUAGCUCAACAUUUUUCUAUUGCAGCGUUUAUCUUUUUUGAUAAUUACCAUCGCUCUUAAAAUGUAAUGGAUUUAAGUUUUUGUACCACAACAGAUUGUCACUGUUUAAAGAAAACAUCUGCAUUGAGAAACAUCUGUCCACAUAGUUACUGAAAUUAUAUCAAAAGGUAAAUGAGAGAACUUCAGCCAAGUAUAGAAUUUAUCCAUCAUGCUCCUAAUGCCCGACUCGUCACUUUGACGUGAUGUAAUUCAAAUGUAAAAACAUGUAACGUGAUUGGAUCUGACACUGACGGCUAUGUAACAUCACUCUGCUGUAAUGAACAAGUAAACGUCUGUAGCUUUCA